AUGUACUCAUGGAACGGGCGAUGGGAGAGGGGGAUGAGCCUCGGCCAACGCCGGGAGGGCGCUGCGGGGUGCGUGGAAACUGGGCCAUUGGCUUGGGACGGUGUAAAUAGAUGGGAUGAUGAUGGGCCAAGGGCAGGCCGUUCUUUUGACGUCGCGAGUCGUGUCUAUAAAAAGCCAGGCGGCCGAACCAAGCCCCGCGUCUGUGGUGGUCGAUCGAACAGCACAGACGCGGGCAUCAAUGCCUCCCAGGCGUUCAUGUUGGUGGCCGCUCCUCGAGGCCAUGCUCCCCGCACGGGCUGCCGGCAUCCAGCAGGCCGAGAUGAUCGCGGCAGCCGGUGUUGGUGCGGUGUUGGUGUAUCCGGCGGCAAGAGGUUGCCUGGCUUGCACAUUCUCAUGAUUCCAGUCGGAGCCGCCAACCGCAGGUUGCACACCAUCGUUCCAUCAGUCCCCCAAGCCCAUCCUCGCACGGCAGGUCGCACGGCAGGUCGUCCGGCGACGGGCAUCGCACCCAAGACUGCAUGUCUCAGGCCUUGCCGGAGAUGCCCCUCCCCAGGUCCAGACGGCCCAUCCCAUCCCCGGCACCACCUGACCCUUCCUCCCGUCUUGCUCGGCCCCCAAAGCGCCCGCAAACCGAACCGGUCAGACGGCCGCCGGCACACGUCACGUCGCGCCAGUCCGGUGCAACCCACGGCUCCGCAGCCGCAGCGUCGUAUCCUCGACGCGGCCUCUCCCAAAGAGCCAGCCAGAAGCAAAAGCUCGUCCCGCGCGCACACACCUCCCGUGUGA